AUGACCUAUGGGGAUCUCACAAGAGGAAAAGAGAUCCUGAGUGGAAAACAUGCAGCCAGACUCCUGGAGCGUCAUGGGUCUUGGCCCCAGCCUCGUCUCUUUCUGGACUGCCAGCUGACCAGAACCUGCAGCAAGUCACGUGACCCAGAAGAAACUGACUGCCAGCAGUGGACAGAGGGCUGCAGUGAUGAAGACUGUGACUCAGAUGAAGACCUGUUUGGAUUCCAAGAGAGCAGUGCCACUGACCUGUAUCGCCACCCCCAGCUGGAUGCAGACAUGGAGGCGGUCAGGACUUUGUAUUCAGACUCUGCAUUCACUGUCAGGGAGUAUGAGUCGAUUGAUGCUCUAGAUGUUGACUUAAAGAUUAACACCAGCUUUUUGGAUGAUGAAGUGGCCAAAGCCUGGCAUAUUAAGCCAUCGGAGGCCAUCAUUAUCCGUCUGCACUUCUCCAUAUCUCAGUAUCUGGAUGGACCUGCCCCUUCAGUUGAAGUCUUCCAGGAAUCUAAUACUGAUCAUUCCAGUAUAGCGAGGCAGCUGCAAAAUAUUCUCACAGUUUUCAUAUCUCGUGAGUGGAAACACCUGAGAAAUGACAACAUCGUAGUUCGAAGCAAAAGCAGACAAAGCUGGUUUAGGACAAGUGGGACCAUCAAGAAGUUUCGUGCAAGACUCAACAUCUGGCUACCACUUUCAAACAGACCACAUGAGGAACCAGCUGUGAGAGGAAGGACCAGUGUACCAUCAAUGAAACAAAAUCGUUUCAUAAACCAUACAGCUUCCUACACCAUCAAGAAUCCUGCUGGAGAGCUUUUCACAUACACCCCCAGUGGGAAGAGGGUGAUGGUCUCAGCAGUCAAAUCUUCAGCACAGCUGAGCACCAAACAGCUGGUGGAGCUGUUAUUUGCCUCCCAGGCCAUUGGACACUGUAAGGCCACACCAGCUCUGCACCAUGGCUUCCUGGUACAGAUAAUGAGGUAUGCCGAGCAGAGAAUCCCAACCCUGAAUGAAUACUGUGUUGUUUGUGAUGAGCGGCAUGUCUUUCAAAAUGGCCCCAUGCUUAAGCCAGCAGUUUGCACCAGGGAGCUGUGUGUGUUUUCCUUUCAUACGCUGGGAGUCAUGUCUGGAGCCACUGAAGAGGUUGCAACCGGUGCAGAGGUGAUUGACCUGCUGGUAGCCAUGUGCAGAGUUGCCCUUCAGUCCACACGCAAGAGCAUCAUAUUUGAACCCUACCCCUGCGUUGUUGAUCCGUCCAACCCCAAAACUCUGGCCUUCAGUCCUAAGAGGAAGAGCUAUGAAAGGCUGCAGAGAGCUUUGGAUGGUGUCUUGUUGAUCAGGAGGAUGGCGCAGGGUCCAUAUUCUGAGAUGAAGAAGCAGAUGGACAUGGUGGACCCUUUAGCUCAUCCCUUACUACAAUGGAUUUUAGCCAGCAACAGAUCACACAUUGUCAAGCUUCCACUAAAGAAGCAACUGAAGUUUAUGCACACACCCCAUCAGUUUCUGUUGAUCAGCAGCCCUCCAUCCAAAGAGGCUCGCUUUCAAACUGCCAGGAAACUCUAUGGCAGCACUUUUGCUUUCCAUGGUUCCCACAUUGAAAACUGGCACUCCAUUUUGAGAAAAGGCCUGGUUAAUGCUUCUUACACAAAAUUACAGCUUCAUGGCGCUGCAUACGGUAAAGGCAUCUAUUUGAGCCCAAUGUCGAGCAUAUCUUUCGGAUAUUCUGAGAUGGGUAAAGGUCAACACCAGAUGCCAAACAAAGAAGAACUCAAAGAGAAAUACAACAGAAUAAAUAAAGCCAAGCAGGAACAGUUGGGACAUACCAGGUUUCUGCAGAGCCAUAACUUAAACUGCAUUGCACUUUGUGAAGUGAUAACCUCAAAAAAUCUUCAGAAACAUGGGAACAUCUGGGUGUGUCCAGUAUCUGACCACGUAUGCACACGAUUCCUCUUUGUGUAUGAAAAUGGUCAGGUGGGAGACAUGCACAUCAACACUCAAGAAGAACAAAUCCAGAAGGAAAUAUUACAAGUAAUAGGUUCAAAGACCUGCUGA